GCGAGAGCUGUUUCAGAGAUGCAGUAUACUGUGAGUCACUCUGCAAGCUCACGAGCAUCGAGCACCAUGCAAUGCACAGGAUUGUCAUUGUCAAAGCAGUCAUGGAGCCAGCAACACGCUAGAAAGGGACUUUGAAAACGCAGAUACUUCCCUUCCAGCUCGCAGCAAGCAGGUCUUCCGGUCAAUAUCUCCAGACCAUGAACGUCUGCAGACGCGCGCGAUCUGAUGCAGCACCAGUCCUCGGCGCAAGUUGAGGUUAUGCGGGUAUCAGUCCGUCUAUCUUUGGCUCAGUGUAUGCCACCAUCUACACACCAUGGAACAGCCGGCUGUACAGCAAGACGCUGCUGUACGGCAAAGGAGACGCUGAGCCAUUGCAUCUGGAGUAGGUCCCGGAACUAUUUCCGAGUUCGAGCAGAUAGCAGUAUUCUUGCUUUGCCUUCGCAACAGGGUCCCUGUGAAGCCAUGUUUAGAUACGGAGGCGAACAUCGCCGGGCAUCGCCCUGUUUUCCGCAGUAGCAUGUCAGAUACAACGAACGAGUGCAGUAUCAGCCUUCAUAA